ACCCGGAGGAUAGUUCCCGGGCUGCCUGGCAGGCGAAGCCUAUUCGCCGUCGCAAUCGCAUGAUUAAUAGAAUGCCGAAGAAGAAAGUUGAAGUGUUCCAAAACAAGCCCGUCCUGUACCAACUGCAUCAAGGCUAGCCGCGAGUGCCUAUACCUUGGUCCCCGGCUCGACGAGGCCAGUCAGAUGCGCCUGGCGGAGAUCAAGGAGAAGCAAGGGACACUGGAGCGCGAGCUCGAGCGCGACGUGGCAAAGUCUACCGUGUCUAAGAACUCGCAGCAGCAGCGCAUCCUAGCCGACGAUAUUAGCGGCGAUUACGACGAGGACCGCGACUUGGAGGCUACUCCGCUCGCGGCCUUGGAUCUAACCUACGAGGAUGACGCCGACGGACCUAGCGACAUGAUCGAUCUGGGGAUCCAGAUAGGAAAAAUGCGCAUAACCGAGAGGAUAGGCGGGCUCUCGCGACCCAGGAUAUCUGAAGAGAUAUCAGCCGGCAUCGCGACCACUCAACCGCCGCAGCAUGCCGGACAGACGCCUACGUUCGAGGACAUGCCUGAGUUCCUGAAGCCAGGAAGUCAGUACAUCGUCCCCACCAGCGGUUUCUUCUUCGGUCAGAUAGGAGAACCGCUGUCUAUCCUCAAUUUCCUGCCCUACAACAAGGCCAUCGCAGAUCGGCUAAUCAAACAGUACUUCGUUUCUGUCCACCCGAUCGCCCCAUGUGCCCACCGGCCAACGUUGGAAGCUACCUAUGCGACAUUCUGGGAAGAGAUCAACGCCGGCUUCGAACCUCGAGCUUCGAUGCAGGCCAUAAUCUUUGGAGCCAUGUUCAGCGGUGCUAUCAGCUUGAGUGAGAGCGCCGUCAUCUCUGAUCUAGGAGUGUAUUCCAAGGCGAAUUGGGUCGCCAGCCUCAAGAUGGGCACCGAAACGGCUUUAAGCAAGGCGAAAUUCCUGCAGACUACCAAGGUAGAAACAAUGCAGGCGUUUAUCAUGUAUAUGCUUCCUCUGUGUAGGGCCGAAGUAUCAAGGGCGCAUUCGGUGCUUGUUGGUGCUGCGGUGCGGAUGGCCGAGUGCAUGGGGCUGCAUCGUGAUGGUGAGGCAUACGGGCUGACGCCGCUCGAGACUCACGUCCGUCGCUUGAUCUGGCACCAGCUCUGCUUCCUCGACAUACGAACCUGCGAGGCCCAGGGACCGAAACCAGUCAUUAGAAGAGAUGGCUACGACACAAAGCUGCCCCUGAACUGUAACGAAGAAGACAUCACCAACGCUGUGGUGCCGCCCGAAUCGACGGAUGUAUGGACUACCAGUACCCUCGCCCUGAUCCGCUUCGAGAUCAACGAGAUGAUGCGCAUCAUAUGGGUCGAACGGCGCAGGCUAGAAACGCGCAAGACGACGCUGACAGCUGUGCUCACGAAAAUUGAACAUUUCCGGCAGCGCAUGUCGGAGAAAUACGACCACCUGCUUGACUCGACGGAGCCGAUCCAAAGGUAUGCCAAGUGUGUUAUGUACCUGCUUACAUAUCGGCUUCACGUCAUGGUCCUCCAUCCGUACCACUCGAACGCGGCCAACCCGAUGCCGGCGCGACUCAACCAACUCCUGAUCACGUACGGCAUCAUGAUUGUCGAGCUGGCGAUCCAGCUCGAGACCAAUCACCACUUUGAGGAUUGGGCAUGGUAUCUAGGGGCAUACUUCCAGUACCAGAUCGCGCUGCUUCUGGCAACGGAAGCCUAUUUCCGUCCGCAGUCUCGCGAGGCCACGCGGAUAUGGUCGUGCCUAGACUACGUAUUCGGAAUGGACCGAAGGCUCUCUCCCGAGGCCAAGAGCGUGCAACUUCUCUCCGAGAUCCAAAGCAAGACGUCGAUCUACAUGCAGAUGCGCAAGAUGCGCGGGCCCACGAGCCUGUCGCGAGCUGUCCCCGGACAGAAUGUGGUGGCGGGUAUCAGUACGUCGUUGCCGCCGGUGCCGAAGCAGGCCCAGCCCGCCCCGUUCGGGAUGCCGACAGAAGUGCCGAAAGUAGAGCGGGGGUUCACGCCGCCGAUGCCGGCCGGCCCGUCGAUAGCGCAGCCGCAAAUGGUGUUCGCCGGCGUCUCGGACGGCCAGGCGUUGUGGAGCCUGCCGCCGAACCACGCAAGCCCGGAGAGCGACGCGUCCAGUGCGGAACAGGGGCAGAGAGUGCCGACGCCGGGUAUGGUGGGAGGGGCCGGGGUAGUUCAAGGUAAUAACGGCAGUGUCAUGGACACUAUCAACUGGGACGACAUCGACGUCGACGCGUUGUUGCCCAGCGAUCCGCAGAUGGGCGGCCUCAGCAUUCAAGGGUUCCACGACCCGACUUUCGGCAUUGCAGACUAUAGUUGAUGCUAUGAUGCCGGAUCUACGGCGAGGAUUUAUCUAUGCUAUUCCUUUUCCUUUUCCACCAUUCUUCACUCGAUAUCGGCCGUAUUAUGUCAACCUAUUUAUCUAGACGAUAACCCUGAAGCAAUUCGCAAUAUCGGCAGAGGGGGGGGGUUGGAUAUGGGACACUGCCCUUCUUUGACGUGUAGUUAUGUAUGUACGUCGUCGAUUUAGAUAGAUGGUAUAAUGAGACUUCGAAAAUAACACUAAAAAGGGAUUUGAGAAAGGAAUACGUAGC